AUGGCGAACCCGUUCGCCCCGGCGGGGGGCUCUCCGUUCGGCGCGGCACAGCCCGCGUCUCCUUUCGGCGCCACUUCCGCCUUCGGCGCGUCCGCAACUCCCGCCAGUCCGUUCGGCCAGGCGGGCACAUCACUCUUCGGCGGAGGGGCGGCGACAGGAAGCGUGUUCGGCGCGACUUCUGCGCCCGCCUUCGGCGCGACGUCCGCGCCUGCUUUCGGUGCAGCGGCGUCGACUCCAGCGUUUGGGUCCACGGCUUCACCUUUUGGCGGCGGCUCGUCGCUGUUCGGCCAGCAGCAGCAGAAGCCAGCAGCCUUCGGCACGUUUGGGCAAACUCAGGCCAGUCCUUUCGGAGCGCCCGCCUUCGGCCAGCAGUCCCAGUCGGCGUUCGGAGCAGGCGGCGCAUUCGGCUCUACCGCCACCACGCCUACCUUCGGCGCCGCCACUGGCGCCGCGCCCGCGUUCGGCGCCGCCGCUCCCGCCUUUGGCGCUGCCGCGCCCGCGUUUGGCGCGACCGCGACGACGCCCGCGUUCGGCGCGGCGUGCGCGCCGGCGUUCGGCGCGACGGGGGGGCUGUUCGGGUCCACUGGCACGUCCGCGUUCGGCGCUGCGUCCGCGCCUGCUUUCGGCAGCCUUGCGUCUCCCAGCUUCGGAGCAUCAGCGCCUGCAUUCGGAGCAACCACCUUCGGAGCCACACCCUUCGGAGCAGCAGGAGCAGCAGCAGGCACGGGCAGCAGAAACCCCGCAUACACGCCCACCAACGACACAGAAACCGGCACCGCGGGCCAGCUGGGCAAGUUCAUCUCCAUAUCAGCCAUGCCAGCCUACAAAAACAAGAGCCCAGAGGAGCUCCGCUGGGAGGAUUACCAGCGGGGAGACAAGGGCGGGCCGGCACCAGCACAGGCAGGCGGAGGGCUAUUCGGCCAGCCUGCAGCAGCGGCGUCUCCGUUUGGUGCACCUGCUGCUUCUCCAGGGUUUGGCUCCACAGCUGCGAACCCGUUCGGCCAGGCGUCCACGCCGAGCCUGUUUGGCUCGGCCGCUCCGGCGUUUGGUGCGGCCGCGCCUGGCGCCACGCCCGCGUUCGGCGCGUCAACUUCCCCGUCCCUCUUCGGCUCGUCAACUCCAGCCUUCGGCGCAGCAGCAUCCUCCCCGGCAUUUGGAGCCACGGGAGGGUCUCUCUUCGGCGCUGCUGGCGCCACUGCGAGCAGCCCGUUUGGAGCAGCAGCAGCAUCUACGCCCUCUCUCUUCGGCUCGCCUGCUGCAGCCACCGCAUCCCCCUUCGGCGCGUCCACCGGCACGUCUCUCUUCGGAGGGACCUCGCCUUUGGGGCAAGCAGGGGCGGCGGGACAGCCCGGGGCUUCACUCUUCGGCGCCUCCUCCCCUGCCUUUGGGACCCCCGGCGCGUUUGGGACCCCCGGCGCUGCUGCUGCUACUCCGGCGUUUGGUGCCACGCCGUCGCUGUUUGGGACCGGAGCAGCAACGGGAGGAGGGCUGUUUGGGAGCUCCACGCCUGCUGCUGGCUCUACCGGGCUUGGUUUCGGGUUUGGCUCGGCCGGAGCUGCUGGUUCGGCGCCGGGUUUUGGUGCGGCGGGGGGGAGCCUGUUUGGAGGGGCGGCGGGAGCGGGCGGCACGACUGGGGCGGGGUUGUUUGGCGCGUCGACCGGGUCGGCGUUUGGGUUUGGAGGAGCGUUUCAGACCAAGCCGGCUGGACUCACUCAGUCUUCGGCGUUUCCCUCAUUUGGAGGGCUUGGGGCAUCGACAAGCACGCCUGGCUUCGGAGCAUCACAGCCGGCCUUCGGUGGUGGGCUAUUCGGCUCCACCCCUCAGCUCGGCUCCUCUGCCUUCGGCGCCUCCCUCGGAGCGACCGCCACGGGAGGCCUGUUCGGCCAGUCACAGCAGCAGCAACAGCAGCAACAAAUGCAACUCCAGCAGCAACAGCAGCAGCAGAUGCUACAACAGCUGCAGCAGUCGGGGCUGCUCCAGUCGCCCUUUGGUGUGCUCCCUGCCAUGCCCAACUUCGGCCUCGGUGCUGCAGGAGGGGUCCGAGCCAGCACAGAGCUUGGCAUUUCCAGCAUGCCCGCCUCGGACCGCUACGCUUCAGGCACGCGCGUCUCCUCCAUCCUCACGCCCCGCCGCAUCACCCCGCGCACGCGUGCACGCAUGCACCACCACACCGCCGCCACGCGCCACUUCCACCCCGGGCGCGACACGGCCCGCGUGCCCUUCUUCUUCUCGUCGCCCUCCGACCACGACGACAUCUCCCCCGCUGUGCCCCGCGCCGACGCCCUCUUUGUCCCCCGCGACAACCCGCGCGCGCUCUUCAUCCGCCACCCCGUCGCCCCUGCUGCUGCUGCUGCUGACGCGAGCCCGAACGGAAAGAGCCCUGCUGCUGUAGGAACGCCGGAGAAGCCAGGCUCGCCUGUGAGAGGCGGAGGAGGGGUGGGGGGUUCGCCGCAGGGAUCAGAGUACCAGUCGCCCCCUUCAGGGCCGUCUCCCAGGGAUGCCUUCUACGCCCCUUCCGCUCCUCCCUACGAUUCUUCCGAUCUGAAUGGCAAUGGAGGGUCGCAGUCCCCCAGGAGCCCCUCUGCUGCCCGCGCUGGAGCCACAGGGGGGUUUGGGUCUGCCAUGCCGUCCCCCACUCUCUCCCCUGCUUGGAACGGCUCCUUCUCCCCGCCCUCCCCCUCGCGCGGCACUGGUACCGGUGCGAAAGGUCCCGGGAUCGAAUCCCAGCUGCCGCAGUUAAAAUCCGCGGAUUAUUUCACCGAGCCGUCGCUGUCAGCGCUGGCUGCGCUUGAACGAUCCCUCCCAGGGUCGCUGGCGCGCGUGCGGGAUUUCGUGGUGGGGCGGAAGGGGUUUGGGAGCGUGCGGUUUCUGGGCGAGACGGACGUGAGGGGGCUGGAUGUUGAGGGGAUCGUGCAGUUCCACAAGUGCGAGAUUCUGGUGUAUAUGGACGAGGAGAGCAAGCCGCCGGUGGAGGAGGAGCUGAAUAAGCCCGCGGAGGUGACGCUGCUGCAGGUGGUGUGUGUUGACAAGAAGACCGGCAAGACGGUGUCCGAGGGGCCGGAGGUGGAGCGGUUUGAGCGCAAGCUGCGGCGCAAGACAGCGGAGCAGGAGGCGGAGUUCCUGUCGUUCAACGCCGCCAAGGGCGAGUGGCGCUUCAAGGUGCAACACUUCAGCCGGUACGGACUGGAGGACUCAGAUGAGGAGGAGGAGGAGGAGGAGGAGGAGGAGGAGGAAAGGGGAAGGGGGAGAGGAGAAGGCGAGGAGGAUGGGAGAGAGGAUGAUGGGGAGUUGGGAGAGGAGGAAUAUGAGACUGACGAGGGUCUGAGUGGCGAUGGUGAUGGUGGUGAUGGUGUUGGUGGUGGUGAUGGUGAUCGCGGUCGUGGGAGGGUGUCUGUGCCACCUGGCGGCGUGUCACUGGACCGGGCGCUGCCAGCUCAGCUGGGGAUUGACCCAAUCAGGCUGCAGCAGAUGCGCCAGGUCAUGUUCGGGCGCAGUGCCACUGAGGAAGAUAAUGAUGGCGAUAAUGAUGGGGAGGGGUACAACAAUGCUGGAUUUAGGGGCAACAGGAGGGCAGGCGGGCGGGGAGCACAGAAGCCGGCCUCCUUCCUAGCAGGCAGCAGGAGAGGCGUCCGGGUUUUCCCAGAGUUCGAGGCAGGUGCAGCAGGCGUAGGAGCAGCAGGAGCAGCAGGAGCAGGAGGAGCAGGAGGGGGAGGGGCGAGUGCUGUGCUUGUCUCAGGGCUGCAAGGCCGAGUGCAUGCGCAUGUGCACCCUGGUGCUGUUGCCGCGGCAGGAUUCGAAUGGACCAUCUUAAAUGCGUUGCCUGGAAAAGGGACAGGAACCACAGCAGGGGGAGCAGCAGGGGCAGCGGCGGGAGCAACAGCGGUGGCGAGGGCAGUGGCGGCGGUGGCGGUGGUGGCGACGGUGCCAGGGGAGGGGAGCAGCGGCGUGGCAGUGGAUGCAGGGCUGUUCCUCGGCCGCUCCUUUCGCGUCGGCUGGGGGCCGGGUGGGGUGCUGGUGACUCCAGGCAGGGUGCUGCCUGCUGGGAGCUUCACUGCUGGUAACCGCGGUGCAGCAGAUGUAACAGAUGUGACUCCCAUCUCGUCCAGGAUCACAGUCACUCAGGUGGCCUUCUCCCCGUGGUCCUCCCUUCCCCCUCCUCCUGCUUCUUUCGCCUCUCCUCUACUUUCUAGUCCCCUUAAGUCCCUCAGUCCAGGGGGGGCAGGGAGGGACGGCGAGGUGUCAGAAGCAGAAGCAGAGAGGGGUGCAGCGGAACGGGAGCGGCUGCAGCAGCUGCUGCUGAUUGAGCCGCUGCUGCUGCACUUUCAGUCGAGUAGGGUGGUGGGGGGGCGUGGGAGGGGGGGAGCGGGAGGGUGGGGCGCAGGUGGGGAGGAAGGGGACGGAGAGGUGUUGCAGAGUGAGGAGGAAGAAGAAGAGGAUGCGGAGAAGAGCGGUGAAGAUGAGGAGAUGGAGGGGGAGGAGAAGGGCGCGAGAGAGACGGGGAGAGAGGAGGGGAGGGAGGAGGGGAGGGAGUGGGUGGGGCGACGGCUGGUGUGUAGCCGGCAGGGCGGCAGCCUGGCCUCCCUGUGCCGCCGCUACAGCUCCCUGGCUGUAGCAGCUGCUGACGCCCUUGCUGCUGCCCGGGCGAAGGCUGGGCAGGGGCGGGUUGUAUCUGGGGUGGGCGUAUCUGAGCGGCAGCUGCAGCACGAGCAGGCGGUUUGGCAGCUUGUGGACGUGCUGUUCUCUGAUUGGCAGGGCAGGAGGCGCAGUGACGUCAUGCAGGGGUCUGGAGGGGUGGAGAUGGGGGGGGAGUUUGAGACAGGUGCUGGUGAUGGGUCAGGUGAAAAGGCAGGUGGUGGUUCAGGUGGGAAGUCGGGGGAUGGUUCGAUGGAGGAGGAGAGGGAUGGGGAGGUGGAGGAUGGGUAUGGGGAGAUGGAGGGGAUGAGUGGGGGUGGGCAGAGGAAUGGGAUGGAGCAAGGGGAUGGGGGAAAAGGGGCGAGAGAAGAAGCAGCGCUGAACAGGCGUCUGUUCACAGAUGAUGAUGCGGAAGAGGAGGAGGAGGAGACUCAAGGAGGCGUUGCUGCUGGUGGUGAUAAACAGCCACAGUGGAUUGGGGGAUUGGAAAACGCAGAGGAGGAAGGGAAGGGAAGUAAGCAGGAGGAGGAGCAGGGAGGAGUGACCGAGGAGGAGGAGGAGGAGGAGGGGGGUGAUGAGGAUGAGGAGGAGGCAGGGGAGGAGGAGCAGGAGGAGUACGACGAGGAGACCAUGGCGUUGUUCCGCAGAGCAGAGUUCAGCGCAUGGCUGCAGGCCGUGGUGGCACCCGCCAUCGUGCACGAACUCAACUCCCUCGCUGCCAACCCGAACCCCAACACCACAUCCAACCCUCUCACCACCACCACCACCACCACCAGCACCUUUACACGCAACAACAACAUACCCUCCACCACCACCGUUACAACUACCACUACCCCAGCUGAAGCUGCUGCAGCGCUGCCUCUGCGAGUGGCGUUUACCGCGCUCACGGGGAUGCAGGUAGAGACGGCCGUGGGUGCCGCUGCUUUCACAGGGGACGUGUGUCUUGCCGCCCUGCUCUCCCUCGCCCACUCCGCCCCCCCUGCCACGCGCGCCGACGCCGCCCGCCAGCUGGCGCUCUGGGAGAGGCUGGCGGGCGGCGGGAAGGGAGAUAGGGGUGGGGCUUCGGGGGAAGAGGCGUUUUCGUUGGAAGAGCUUGCGGAAGGGGCGGUGGUGAGUGUGGAGAGGCUAAGGCUGCUGCGGCUGGUGGCUGGGGAUGUGACUGGGGCGCUGGAGGGCCGGCCGUUGGACUGGAAGAGGCACCUCGGGCUGCUCAUGUGGUUCGGCGUGCCCCCGGCCUCGCCGCUAGGCUCGGUGAUUGGGGAGUUUAGGAAGAGAGUGAGGGUUGGGCGGGUGCCGAGGGCGAUCCCGUGGUAUGAGGAGACGAUUGGGGUGGAGGGGGGAGAGAGGGCGGAGAGGGAGCGGAGGGAGGGAGGGAUGAGGGGAGGUGACGGGAAGGGGAAGGGAGGAGAGGGAGAGGGAGAGGGAGAGGGAGGAGUGGAGGAUGUGUUGUAUGGGUUGUUGGCUCUGCACUUGAAAGAGGAGAUGGGGAAAGGGAGAGUGGAGGGUGGCGGUGCUGGCGAUGGUGAUGACGUGGCGGUUGAUGUGGCGGCGAUGCUGAGGUGGCGGUCGUGGACUCGUGAUGCGCUGGACUGCCAUCUGACGUGGCAUCUUCAGAGUGUGCUGCAGGCCAUAGGAGCGGUGCGGGCCAAUGAGGUGCUGCCAGCUGUGCACAUGGACUACGUGGCGCAGUUGCUAGCAGCCAACCAGCCCCACUGGGCGCUCUACUGCCUGCAGCACAUCCCUCCUUCUCGGAAGCUUCCGCGGUGGGCCCUGGAGCGCGCUUUCAGGGAGGUGCUGAAGGUGUCGUGCCCGGUGUGGGCGGCGAGUGAGGAGCAGCGGAGCUUUAUCGAGGGGCAGCUGCUUGUGCCUCGUUCUUGGAUGUGUGCUGCUCAGGCGGUGCACCAUCGCUACGAGGGCCGGCGCAGUGACGAGCUGCAGUGCCUUCUGGGAAGCUUCGAGUGGGACCGCGCGCACCGCCUCUUUAUGACCCACCUCGCUGCCACGUGGAUCCUAGCAGAGCGGUGGGCAGAGGUGCAGCAGCUGAUGGAGGGGCUGGAGACGCAUGGGGAGGCCAUUUACGGGUGGAAAGAGGGCGGGCGGCUGCUUUUGGACUACAUGCACCUGUCUGCCGCCCUGGAAGGACAGGCGAUCUUGCCGACCGAAGAGCUGACGGUGUCAGUGGCUGACGGGUCGGAGGCACUGUCGGAGUUCUCCCAGCGCACGGCGCAGUCUCUCCGCACCUUCCCCCACGAUGCUGCCCGCCUGCGCAUGGUGUAUGCUCGAAUGCUUGACUCGCUCUCUCGCUCCUUCCUCACCCACACGGCAGCAGCCACAGCUGCUGCUGCAGAUGAAGCAGCAGCAGCAGCAGUCACUUCAGCAGCUGCCUCCUCUGCGCCUCUAGAUGCAGCUCUAGCUACCUCUGCCCUCCCUGCCCUCCCUCGGGAUUCCCGCCUCGCUUUCACGCGCGAGGCAGCGUCAGAGCUCGCCAGCUGGCUUGCUGAUGUGGCACCAAUUCUAGUGGCAGGCUUUGAUGAGCUCUCUGCUGAGGCGGAGAUGGCUCUGCGAUGGGGAGGUAGUCGAGUGCAUCCCUCUAGUGCCUCCCUCUCCUUCUCCAACCACCCCCCCUUUCUAGUGGCACGCUUUGAUGAGCUCUCUGGUGAGGCGCAGGUGGCUCUGCGAGGGGAAGGUAGAGGAGAUGGUGGUGCUCCUGCUGAGAGCAUCGCCCCCCACCACGUCGUCCUGCCACCCAUCCAACAUCUCCAAUGCCAUUGCCUCCAGUGCAUCCCUCUAGUGCCUCCCUCUAAUGCCCCCCCCCUCUCCUUCUCCAACCACCCCCCCUUUCUAGUGGCACGCUUUGAUCAGCUCUCUGGUGAGGCGCAGGUGGCUCUGCGAGGGGAAGGUAGAGGAGAUGGUGGUGCUCCUGCUGAGAGCAUCACCCCCCACCACAUCGUCCUGCCACCCAUCCAACAUCUCCAAUGCCAUUGCCUCCAGUGCAUCCCUCUAGUGCCUCCCUCUGAUGCCUCCCUCUCCUUCUCCAACCACCCCCCCUUUCUAGUGGCACGCUUUGAUAAGCUCUCUGGUGAGGCGCAGGUGGCUCUGCGAGGGGAAGGUAGAGGAGAUGGUGGUGCUCCUGCUGAGAGCAUCACCCCCCACCACAUCGUCCUGCCACCCAUCCAACAUCUCCAAUGCCACAGCCUCUAG